AUGGGGCAGGUCCUGCCGGUCUUCGCCCACUGCAAAGAAGCACCUUCGACAGCCUCCUCUACCCCUGAUUCCACAGAAGGAGGGAACGACGACUCAGAUUUCCGGGAGCUGCACACCGCGCGGGAAUUCUCGGAGGACGAGGAGGAGGAGACCACGUCGCAGGACUGGGGCACCCCUCGGGAGCUGACCUUCUCCUACAUCGCCUUCGACGGCGUGGUGAGCUCUGGGAGCCGCCGCGACUCGGCUGCCCGCCGGCCCCGGCCCCAGGGCCGCUCGAUCUCAGAAUCGCGAGAUCCGCCCCCUCAGCCGGGCCUGGGCGACAGCCUGGAGAGCAUCCCCAGCCUGAGCCAGUCCCCCGAGCCCGGGCGCCGCGGGGCCCCCGACGCCGCCUCUCCGGCCGAGCGCCCCCUGGAGGAUCUGCGGCUCCGGCUGGACCAGCUGGGCUGGGCCCGAGGAGCAGGGUCUGGGGAGGACUCCUCCACCAGCAGCUCCACUCCGCUGGAAGACGAGGAGCCCGACAGGCCAGAGGCGGGAGAGGCCGGGGAAGAAUUGGAACUGCAAGUCCGGCUUGCCCAAUCUUUGCCGCCGGAGACCUUGACUCCCCAACCUAGCCCGGUUUCUGGGACUCCCAAGGCUCAUACUCCAUCUCCAUCCUCUUCCCGAUCUCGGGAUUCGAACUCUUGGCCAGAUGAGCCCUCGCUGGACGAGAAGGAGGGAGAGCUGUGGAGGCAGCCCGAACGGGAGCCAAUUGAGGGGCAGUGCCUCGAUAGCACAGACCAAUCAGAAUUCAGGCUGGAACCACACCUUCUAGUAGCGGACCUGCUGUACUGGAAGGACACGCGGACUUCAGGAGCCGUCUUCACGGGCCUCAUGGUCUCCCUGCUCUGCCUCCUGCACUUUAGCAUCGUGUCCGUGGUCGCCCACGUGGCUCUGCUGCUGCUCUGCGGCACCAUCUCUCUCAGGGUUUACCGCAAAGUGCUGCAGGCCGUGCACCGGGGGGACGGUGCCAACCCUUUCCAGGCCUACCUGGAUGUGGACUUGACCUUGACCCAGGAGCAGACAGAGCGAUUGUCCAAGCAGAUUGCCUCCCGAGUGGUCUCUGCAUUCACACAGCUGCGACAUUUCUUUCUAGUAGAAGACCUCGUGGACUCCCUUAAGUUGGCCUUCCUCUUCUACAUCUUGACCUUUGUGGGCGCCGUCUUCAAUGGUUUGACUCUUCUCAUUCUGGGAGUGAUCGGCUUAUUCACCUUCCCUCUGCUAUACCGGCAACACCAGGUCCAGAUCGACCAGUAUGUGGGGUUGGUGACAAAUCAGUUGAGCCACCUCAAAGCUAAGAUUCGAGCUAAGAUCCCAGGGACCGGAGCCCUUACCUCGGCAGCAGCUGCAGCCUCCGGAUCCAAAGCCAAAGCCGAAUGA